UCUGUCCGUCUCCUCUCUCUCCAGAUGUACAACCAGCACCCUGACCAGUACGAAGCCCCUGACAAGGACUUCAUGAUUGUGGCCCUGGACCUGCUGAGUGGCCUGGCCGAGGGCUUGGGGGGCAGUGUGGACCAGCUGGUGGCCCGCAGCAACAUCAUGACCCUGCUCUUCCAGUGCAUGCAGGACCCUAUGCCAGAGGUGAGACAGAGCUCCUUUGCCCUGCUGGGUGACCUGACCAAGGCCUGCUUCCCUCAUGUCAAACCCUGCAUUGCUGAGUUCAUGCCGAUCCUGGGCCUAAACCUGAACCCAGAGUUCAUCUCUGUGUGUAACAACGCUACCUGGGCCAUUGGCGAGAUCGCCAUGCAGAUGGGAUCAGACAUGCAACCCUAUGUUGGGCUGGUCCUCAACAACUUGGUGGAGAUCAUCAACAGACCUAACACACCCAAGACCCUCCUGGAGAAUACAGCCAUUACGAUCGGCAGGCUGGGCUACGUGUGUCCACAGGAGGUGUCUCCCAUGCUGCAACAGUUUAUCAGACCCUGGUGCACAUCGUUGAGGAACAUCAGGGACAAUGAGGAGAAAGACUCUGCGUUCCGUGGAAUCUGCAUGAUGAUUGGAGUCAACCCCGCUGGAGUGGUUCAGGACUUCAUCUUCUUCUGUGACGCUGUGGCCUCCUGGGUUAGUCCUAAGGACGAUCUGAGAGACAUGUUCUACAAGAUCCUCCAUGGCUUCAAGGACCAGGUGGGUGAGGAGAACUGGCAGCAGUUCUCAGAACAAUUCCCCCCUCUACUGAAGGAGAGGCUGUCGGCCUGCUAUGGCGUGUAGUUCCCCUCGCCGACACAGGACACGCCUGUCAGGUUUAAUCUACGGGAGGGUUACUGGGGGAACUCAUCCAUCUGUGUUACUGCACUGCCCUGAUCGUGGGGGCAGGAGGAGAGGGACUGGCCCUGGCUCCUGUCCAUUCAGACUACAAGUCCCACGACCCUGUGUGUCUCUGUGAGGGUGGGUGGGAGGGAGGGUUACUGGGAGGGAAACUGGGGAGAAAGCCUCUGGAUUUCAAACGCCAAACUUAAAUCCGACGACAUACUCCGAUGUAACCAAAGCCACAGGGUUCUGUAAGAGGGAGGGAGGGUAGGAUAAGCAUAUGCAGGGGUCGGCUGCGAACGGCCCUAAAUCCAUUCGAUAACUCUUUAGAUACCAAGGUUAGAGGAGAGCUGGGUUGGGAGGGCGGGCGGGGUGGCAGCAACCCCGGAAUAAGUCAAUUAAGGAGAAAUCUAAAAACCAGCCCAGGAGCCACAUUUUAAAAACACAACUCACAUAAUAUGUAGACUGGCACACUUAGACUUAGUUCAGGAAGGGAAGGUAGUUGCCCUGGCCCGAACGACCAAUCGGUGCACAAGCACUUUGCAUACAAUUUACAAUAGUCAUUUGAUAAUCUAUACAAAGGCUGUGGGCGGGAUACCGAAGUAGCGCUAAUGUUUUAUAAUAGCUUCCCGAAGGCUAGCCUCAGAGGGGAAAGCAUGAAAUGCUUUUCAACGUAAUAACGAGGAGAGUUCUAGAAGAGUAAUUUGCACCUUUACUACUCAAGCGUUCAUAGACAGUACAGUACCAUACCUGUUCAUAUUGGGACUUCUCUAUUAAACACGGGUAUAUUUAGACAGUUUUUCUUCCUUUUCCCAUGUUUGCUGAAUUCAUUUUACGUUUUGAAAUUUCUUUUUUUUCCCCUCUAAGAUAAAUACUAAUUUAAAUGUAUUCUUUUUUUUUCUUAGUUUUUACUACAACAGACACAGACAAUCCUUCCAGGAAUCAUUUUACUGUAGUGCUGACAAAGGUCAUUUUUCCAAUAAGGGAUUGAUUGGUUUGCAUUGCAAUGAUAACCUCUUAACCUACGUGUGUGCGUAUCUCAUUGUUACAAGUAGAUUUUUACAAGUAGAUUUUUAUAUUUAGAAACAAUGGUAGUCAGCUUAUCAUUCUAAGGUAACAACACCAGGUUAUUUAGCCACCCCCAUCGUACUUAUUCUAUGACCAGUCCUCCCCGUCGCCAGACCUAACAAACAGGAUGGGUGGGUUUCUAUAGUGUCGAGAUCCAGCGAUGCCAUAGUUCAGAGACGCAAGAUUCAAUCGAUCUUAUAGAAGAUGGAAGAAUCACAUCCCUGCAACCAGUUAUACUGCAGUAAAAAUCAUAAUCCGUUUUGCUGCUACUUUUGUUUUUAUAGUAUUUACGAUGGACUAGAGCAUUAAGGCUUCAGGAAGAACUUUAGAAUAAAUCAGUUGCUGGUUCUAAUUGAUAUUAUGCACUUUUUUUUACGGCUGUUAUGGCUUGCUGAAGUAAGACACGAUAUAAAUAAGAUAUUGUAUAAGCAAUGGUCAAAAUGAGAAUUUUAGGUUAAGGCUAACACUGCCGUUCAUAUGCUUGGUUUAAAAGUAAGGCAUGCUAUCAGAUGGAUGAAAUAGAUUUAAAGGGUAAGGAGAGGACCAUAGAUUUAAAGGGUCAAUCAGCAUUUUGAACAAUACCAAAUGACUAAUCCCCCACUUGAUUGGUUAACAGCUGAGGGAUGAAGCUGGAGAAAUGCAACGACUCUCAACCUCAUGGACACAGGGACUGACUGUCCAUGAUAUCAAGAUUAUCGUUUUAACCAUUUUUUGACGCUAUACAGUGUUUGUAUACAUUUUUAUUAACAAACAGGACUAAACAAGCUUUAUUUGGGUUCUGAUGGUGUUUGACAGUUGAGCUAAACGCAUUAGGCAUAUGUUAUAUUCAAGAAUCAAUGGGUAUGAUUUAAUUUGAAAGCCCUUUUAAAGGGGAAGGACUGACAGACUUCAAGUAUUUUGGAUCAAAUGUACUUCCCACCAGUGUUUCCAGACAGUCCAACAGAAAAUUUACCGGCCUUUUCUAUGUGAGCAGAAUGAUGAGUAUGUAGGGGAGAAUGCAAUGAGUCCACGAAGAUGGAAAAAGACCUUGACUAGUCAGUCGGCUAUCAUAAUAAUACAUAUCUCACCCAUGGUCCCGAACAACCUUGAGUUGCAUGCUUUUCCAUAAUCGCUUUAUUUGACUAUCAUAUCAUUAAAGGCGGAGACAACAUACCCACGCAUGCUGUGAUAAUAAAAGUGGGCGGCUAUCUUUAGUAGAAGUAUGAGAAGUCCAGGAUAAACUGGUUCUAGUCCAGUUGGUGGUGGCUGUUGCCAUUUGCUCUUUCCCUCAACCCGUUGAUACUGUGUAGGAUAUGUCUGGGUAUUAUACUGAUCCUAAUUCUCUUUCUGUUUCCCCUGAGAUUGGAUACAUUAACAUUCGUGAGGGAGUGAUUGUCUUGUAUUUUGUCAAUGUCUGGAGGUCUGUCACGUCGGACUAUUUCGUUGAGUGUGUCUGUAUUUUACUGUAAGCGUGUGUGCCGUUUAGACUUCUUUGCACCGGCCCUCCCGCAAGGUGAUCGACAUGUAGCUCACACCUGAGAUAUUGGAGACGCCCUGUGUAUCAUCAACACUUGUCAUAUUUUACCAUCUCAGUUUGUGAUUGCCAGUCGUACAUCAAUUCUCUUUCAAAGCUUAGCUGAGAUUUAGCGAGUCAAUGAAACUAUGGAAAUCUUUAUCUUACGCCGCACAAUGAAAAUAGAUAUUCAAAAUGUGAAGAAAACGCUGCCUUAAGCGUCAGGCGUACCUGUGAAAAUGCCAUUUCAAGUAAGCUGUAUACAGAUGUGUAUUUAUCCAUUUAAUGUGGAUUUUAACACCAACCCACUUGUACAUAAGUGGUUAAUUGGACAUUAUUUUGAAUCUUUACACACUUUUGUAAACAGCUCCCACCCUCAGAGGGUGACACUUUAAUCAUAUCCUAAAGGGGUAAACUGAUAUGCAAGUGUUGGUGGAUGGGUGUCCGGUCCGCCAAGGUUGAGAGUAGGAUAGGUGUGCACAGAGAUACUGGCUAAUUGCCACAGUCUUUGCACAAUGCUCCCAAUGUGAUACUGGUCCUAUCAGGAAAAAUUGGGUAAAAAUGUUGAGUUGUGUUAAAUCUCUUAAAUCGUAGUAGUGAAAUAUUGAUCUCAAAACCAUCUAUUAUUCUCAAGUUUAAGUUUUCUACAAGUUGAGGCAUUUUACUUUUUUUCCAAGGCUAAUGAUGUUCAUUUUGUUUUUUUAUUUAUGUUCAUUUUUAUUUUAAAUGAAUUUUUUUUUUUUAUAUAUUUUUUGUGCAGAAGAAGCGCACAAAGUUUUUUUUAGACUUUAAAAGUUUUUUCCCCCUCUAAUGUUCUUUUUAUUUAAAGAAUUUUUUUGUUUUCGUUGUUUUAUAGCGGACCAUUUGAUUUUGUCAAAUUGUAUGUAAAGUGGUAGUACUGAGAGGGGGGACAGAGCGUGGUGCAUACCUGGGGAAAGAAGGGAAGAAUUGUGAAAAACUCCUGUAAUUUUGUUUCAAUCUAGAUAUCAGCCUUGAAUGAAUUUGAUGUAGUACUGGUAUUUCUUUCCUCAACUGUGGUGCAGGUGGGAUGUUAACUGAUGUAUCACUUUCUAGUUUACUUUUGUGAAUGGGGAAAUAAAAGGUUUUCUAUCAA